AUGGUGGAGGAAAGUCUGGGCGGGGCUAAACCAGAGGUUUCCAGCUCGUCUCGACCUCUUGAGAACCAGUCAUUAACUGAAGCAAAGAUAAAACCUGCCGAAGGCGUGAUCAGCGUACGCAACAAGCAAAUGGCCGAGAACGGCGUGAAGUGCGAAAAAGCAACACUUGUGAUGAUUCCCCCUGGUCCUUCUGCCUUGCGAGAAGGCGCUGGCAGUGGAGUGCUUGGACUUGGGUUGCUCUGCAUCAAGAACGGGCGUCUCAUCGCGAGCCACUUUCACGACUCUCUUUUGGUGUCAUGGUGA